AUGUCCCAGAAGUACCCAGUUCCGCCGCCCGACAAGUACGUCGCGCUCUCGACCGCCUGCGUCGGAUGCGGCCCUGGCGGAGGGACGCCCAUGAUCGCCCGCGUCGCGGUCGUCGACUAUCGCGGCCGCGAGCUCUACUUCACCUACGUCUCUCCAACGAUCGCGGUCACCGACUAUCGCACCAAACACACGGGCAUCAAACCCGAGGACUUGGAGCCUGGAAGGGCACUUCCUUGGGCGACGGUCCAGCAGCAAAUCGGCCAUCUAAUCAAGGACAAGAUUAUUGUCGGCUACACGCUCUGGCAAGACUUGUCUGUCAUUGGCAUCUGCCAUCCUGCGGUCGCCACGCGUGACGUCGCCUUGUAUCAGCCAUUCCGGAACGCGCUCCAAAACAUGGUCCGCAGCAAUACGCAGACCAUCGGGCUGCACACCCUGAUGUGGCUCCUCAUGCGCCGCAAGAUCCAAGACACCCAAACGUGUCCGCUGGAGAACGCCCGGGCGGCGAUGGAUCUUUACCGGUCCCGGGCGGAAGAAUGGGAGGGCAUCAUCGCGAAGGGCCAAUGGCCUACCUCGCUGCCUCCCAGUACAUUCUCACGAUGCUAUACGUGA